AUGUCCUCCGACUCGUCUCCAGAUCAGCCGGGGCUGGAGCAUGACUCCAUCCUCCGUGUCGAUAAAUCUGUCUCUUUGACUAUUGGCAGCGACUCGCUCCUAAUUGUUGAUGACCGUCCUCGCAGAUCGGGUCGCGGUUGCUGCGGAUUGCGCAGGUCAGAAACGACCAAGUUGCCACAUGCGAUUUCCCUGUACAAUAUCCUAGAUGUUCAAGCGGAACCCUCAAACUUGACCAUCACCUACGCGGCGUCGUCAUCCAAGGAAGAUGUUACCGUGUCGACUCUCCACUAUUCCGUCAACGAUAAAGAAUGCCCCACGGUGGAUGGAUGGGCGAAGAAGCUACUCGAUCUCGCCUAUGGCAAUGUCCCGCGCUCAAGACGACUGAAGAUCUUGAUCAAUCCGUUCGGUGGACAGGGAAAAGCCGCGGCUCUGUACCAGAGAGAGGCUGCCCCAAUCUUCGCCGCCGCGGGAUGCAAACUUGAUGUGCAGACGACUGAACACCGAGGACACGCGAUUGAGAUCGCAGAGCAAAUUGACGUCAACGCGUAUGACGCAAUCGUCUGUUGCUCGGGUGAUGGUCUCCCAUACGAAGUGUUCAACGGGCUGGGCAAACGACCCAAUGCGCGCGAGGCGUUAGCCAAGCUACCUGUCGCCCUGCUACCCUGCGGAUCCGGCAACGCAAUGACCUGGAGCUGCUUCGGCACGGGGAGUGUUUCGGUCGCAGCUUUGGCCGUGGUGAAGGGUCUGCGGACCCCGCUGGAUCUGAUGUCCAUCUCGCAAAAGGGCAGUCGCACGCUUUCAUUCCUGUCGACUUCUUUCGGAAUUGUGGCCGAGUCUGACCUGGGCACGGAUAAUAUUCGGUGGAUGGGUGCUCAGCGAUUUACAUAUGGGUAUCUCGCUCGUGUAUUGGCUAAUCGUGUCUGGCCUUGUAAUUUGGCGAUCAAGGUUGAGAUUGAUGAUAAGGAGGCGAUCAAGGAGCACUAUGCGGGAUACACUGGCCGUGAACUGGAUCCAUUUGCUGAUGCUCAUCGAAUCGAGGCUGCGGAGAAGUCGCCUGCUUUACCUGAUUUGCAGUACGGUGGUGUGGAUGAUGGAAUUCCUCGGGACUGGGAAGUUGUCCCGGGUGAGAACAUGGGCAAUUUCUAUGCCGGUAAUAUGUCGGUUGUGACCAAAGAUGCCAAUUUCUUCCCCGCGGCUCUGCCGAAUGAUGGCUUCAUGGAUAUUCUCACGGUUGACGGUACGAUUAGUCGUCUGACUUCACUUGGGAUGAUUUCUGAAGUCGCCACUGGUGGUUUCUUCUAUAGACCUGAGGUGAAGAUUCGCAAGGCUACUGCGUUCCGCUUGGUCCCUCAUCAAAAAGAGGGUUAUAUCAGUAUCGACGGCGAGUCGAUUCCCUUCGAAGCCUUGCAGGUUGAGAUCCACCCCGGCCUGGGUACAGUUCUUUCCAAGUCUGGGACUCGGUAUGAGGCUGAUGGACCCAUGUAA